CCCUCGCCGCAGCUGCGACCUUUUCGCGCCGCGUCACCCCGUUCCGAGGGCGUCCUCGCCCCGUUCCGCUAGUGCAUAAUUUUCGUUAUGUUGGUGGCCACAUAUGUGCCAUCUUACGUCACAUCAGCCAAUGGAUAAAAAACGUUUAGAAGGAAAGGAUUGUCGUCCAUUGGAGACCAGCUGAUUUAAGUUGACAAUAAAAUGUUCCGGUCUUGUCAGCCCGUAUUGGCUGGUAAAGUGUCGAAAAACUGUGCGGUUCACACGGAAACCAAGUGAAACGGCCGGGAAAAGCGCUGGCGAUGAUGGAAAACCCACCAUGGCCCACUAAAUACCAACAAUCUGGGGCCGGGACCGACACCACACAAGAUAGUUUAAACAAUGGAGAGCACAACGCCGCCAAGGACCAGAACGACAACGACAAAAGGGACGAGCACGAGAGCCCUACUAUUAGUGAGAAAGCCAGGCAGUUAAUAGCGCUGAUCCUCGAUCAGAUGAAAGAAUUAACGAACGCCGAAAAAUAUCUCCUGUACUUGAAACUCUUUCAAAUCAGCAACGUCGUGGACCCCUUGCGGCAACCCUUGAACCCAUUGGGUAGCCGUUCGGAAAUCAAUAGGACCAUAUCAUGGAUCAAGACACACUUAGAAGAAGACGCAGAAACUUCCCUUCCCAAGCAGGAGGUUUACGAAGAAUAUACGUUAUAUUGUUCGCAAAACCAAAUCAAAUCGCUUUCCCAAGCCGACUUUGGCAAAGUGAUGAAGCAAGUGUAUCCAAAAGUGAGGGCUAGGCGUUUGGGUACUCGCGGCAAUUCUCGCUAUUGCUACUCAGGUUUGCGGAGAUGCCUCAAGUUAAAGCCUCCGAAAUUGCCCGACCUCGGCGACAAGCCUCUGAGUACUGAAGCCCCUUGCACCCAGUCCACCCUGACCGCGGCCGCUUGGUUGAUCGUGAAGGAAUGGUCCGAGUUCCACUUCAAGGUUCAGUUUCCGUCGUUGCAGGCGCUGGCGAGGUUCCUGGUGGUUUCGCACGCCGUCGGCGUGGGCACCGACGCCGCCAACCAGCUGACUUCGGCGACGGAGGCGCAGAUGAAAGGAGAAGUGUGCGGUGCCAAGGGCGGAACCAAGCACAGGGAAAUGCAGUUACAGCUACAGAAAAAAAUACAGCAGAAGAACGAAGUUAAAGAGAGAAAGAGGAAAAUGCAGUCUCCAAAGUGCGAUCCAAAGCCGAGCGGCAAGAAGUCGAAGACGGCGCCGGCGUCGGUUCGAGUCGAGGAGACGUCUCCAACGUUGACGGGUGCCGGCGAGAGCAGUACCAGCACAAGUACCGGUAGCACCAGCACGAGUCCCACUCAGGGCAAACCUAUCUGUGAUAAAUCGUUAGAUUUCACUCAACUACCAGCGUUACCUGACUUCAAAAGUUUCCAAAAGCCCGUCUGUGAACAGCAGCAGCAGCAACAGCAGCAGCAAAACGGCGUCGGCGCCGCCUCAGCCGCCGCCGCCGCCAAAGUGGCGAUACCCCGCCUCGCCGCCUCCGGAUUGAAAGCUCAACAACAGCAACGAUCGCCCCUGUCGUCCCCGAAGAAGCAAGUGAAGAAUGCAAAGUACAAAGCCAUCCAACCCAAACCGCAACCAUGUGAUAACGCAUCGUACAACCCGCAGGCCGCUGCGGACAUCAGAUCUCAAGGUGUACUACACAACGUAGAUAGGUUUAAGGAGAGAAAAAGUGAUGACGAGGAUGCUCCCGUUUUUCCCCUGCCGAGGGAGAGGCUCGAAAGCAUCAGCAAUGUGGACAAGGACGCCAUGGACGAAUAUUUAGGUACAAACAACAGUCAGCACGAAGAAGAACUGUCAAAAUACUUCAGCAACAACAUCGAGACCGCGGACCAAGACAACACAACAAAAAUCUCUCAGCUCCGCCAACUCCUCGAGCAGAACGGCAUUUCCGACAACAAAAACUUCGUAAUAGACAAUAGCCCUACCGUAACCUUGACAAAUCCCCUAAUCGAUCCCGUAUCUGCACAGACCGUGGGCAUAUAUCCGGCGCCGGUCCAGAGCGCCCAGGCCAGCGCGGCGACGACCCCCGGCAGCGCCAGGCGUCGCGUCAGCUUCGAAACCCCCUUCCAGGAGGACACGGUCCCUCCGAGUCCCAAUACUCGCCGCAAGAACUUCAGCUUCACGCCCAUAUCGCCGGGCCCGCAGUCGCCCAACGGCCGCCAGUCCAAGUGCUCCAGCGCCAACGUGAGCCCGUUCGUGAGCCCGCGCAACACCCCGGUGCCGCGGACCAAGAACAACACGCACCAGAACGCCGGCAUCGGCGUGAGGAGGAAGAUCAAGCGGGAGCCGGAUCUGUGCGUCGACAUCCCCGAAAACAAGAACUACAUGAGCGCCCCGGCCAGCCCCAUGCUGUACAACAACAAGUCCGUGCUGGAGAAGCUGCUCCACUCGAACAGCAAGGUGGCGUACACUCCGGACUACGUCACCUCCAUCAAGCAGGACGUCUCCAACGAGGUCGACAUGCUGGAGGAGAACGUCGACGGGUUCUCGGAUUUCACGUACAGGUCCCAGUCAGUUCCAAUCAACCAGAUGAUCAAGUCCAACUUCAGCGAAGACGCUCAGUUCUUGCCGAACCUGACGAACCAGAACGACUUCAACGACUUCGACCCGAUCUCCGAGUCCGUCUCCGUCAACCACAUCAUCGACGCCCUCGACGAGCCGGCCUGCGAGAGCGCCAACAACAUGGACAUGUACAACGUGGAGAUCGCGCCCACCGGCCAGUGCAUCCCCAGCUUCAAUCUCAUCGUCGACAACAACCUCGAAAUCCCGCCGGCCUUCGGCGACGGCGGCAUCCCGUACGCGCCCGGUCCGCGCCACCUCGCCCGCUCCCAGAGCAUCGACGUGAACAGCUGCUACGACCUCAAGGGCAACCCGUCGCGGUCGGUGCCCAGCACGCCGCUGUCGUUCAAGCCGCAGCCGGCGAAGAACUUCAACAGCCAGAGCUCGCGCUCGUACCCGUCGACGCCGCUGCUCGUCGCCGAGACGGCCUUCAACUACACCGUGAACGGCGACUGCCUGCUCAACGGGCAGCCGAUCCGCAGCAACGGGGCGGCGCGGGACCAGGACCUGACGUACUUCAUGAACUUGAACGAGGCCAACGAAGACAAUAACAUUGAGCGGCACCUGGGGGCCGAGGACGAGUUCAGCAUAGGGCGCGGCCUCCAAGGUAACGACUUCGCCAUCGUCGAGAACGAGCAGGCUCUGAUGGACGAGAACGGCGUCCUCAUCGCCGAGCAGACCUAUAACAAUUGAUCGCGCGGAAUCGUACCGAAUGCCACUUCUACGGCCAGUCGGGGGCGGAGCCUAAAUUUGUUUGUUGCUGGUGCUAGGGUCAGUUGAGCUGAUUUACGUGUUUUUGGCGAAAUUUGUUUGUUGUUUUAGCGGCGGGGCGAGGAGGGGCCACGCCCAAGGGGGGGAUUUUAGUCUUUAUAAUUUUACGGAUUUAUUUAUAUUUGCGGAGCCCAUCACAGUUACGGUCGAAAUUUUCGGGAAAUUUUGGGUGAUAUUAAGAAUAAAUGGGGGAAAACGGCUUCGGAUGUGUGAUAGUUUUCCCAGUUUGGGGCGAUGUAGCGGUCAGUAAUCUGAUAUUAGGACCAAAUUGUUUGAAGCCGUUUUUGGUGGGGGUGGCCCGACUUCUCGCGCGAGACCGCCGCUCGUGUACAUAAGGAAAUCACUAUAUAUUUGCUGUUUUGAUGUGUCAUUUAAAGUAUGUAACAAUUCGGAUACGUAACUGAACAUGUGCAAUAUAUGUUGACGUUAAUUUGGCUUUAAAUGUGUUGGGCCUGUGGAACUGGUGUUGGUUUCGGUUCGAGUCGGGGGCGGCGUAGUUCCAAACUACCGAAAACAUACUUGUAGGCUUUUUAAUAUGUUUUUUUGUUUCAAGUCGUUUUAAACAAUAGCUAGGUUUUAAUGAAUUUGUGGACAAGAAAAAUUUAUACAAGAUUGUCUGUGAUAAAUUAUAUUCUUUUUGGAAUAUUAGUGGCGCUAAUCAUUGUUUUAUGAUUUCUGAAAUCAUGUAAUUGUUUCCUUAGUUGUUUUCUUUAUUUUACCGAAAUCGGAAAAUUGGUGUUAUGUUUGUGAGCGUAAAGUGUGAGGGUAGUCCAAAAAUAAUUGUCGCAUGCAAAAACCCUCUCGCGACGAUGAUUGAUGAUAGCCUAUGAAAUGUAUAUUUUUUUACAAGUUGUACACAGUGGUUAGUGGACGAUGUGAGUUAGGGACGACGAAAAAGCGGGUGGGUUUUGAUUAUUUGUGGACUAUUGCAGAGUACCUUUUUGAUUAAUCAGAGUCCGAAUUAUGAAUUGUAUGUAUUUUUGUACCUACGCUUGAGAACCAGCUAAUUGUUUUUCGAUUCACACCGGUGAUCGUGCAUUUUAAGGUACAGUUCGAUGCACUGAUAGUACGAGGCGGUUUUUUACCCCCCAGCCUAUUACCUGUGCCUAGCUUUUUACACCAUGAUAGCUUGUAGUUUUUUAAAGGAACAAUCUGAAAAUAUAACUGUUUUACACUGA